AUGUCUUGCAAACCUUUUACAGUCUCGGCCGCUCUGUGCCUCGCUCUCGCUUUCGGCCCGGUCACUGUGCUCUCUGUGCCUCAGAUGGGUCAGGGUGCUCUUCCACUCUCUGCCGACGACAGAAACCCCUCAAGUGACAGCGAAACCGCCGGUGGACUAAACUACAACAUCGGCAUCCCCAACGGCCCAUCCUUCGAAUUCGGCGCCGGAUUCCAGCAAAAGUCGAACGAUGAGAGCUGCGACUCUGAUCCAAGCCAACAGCUCGACGCCGGCAUGGGAUACGGCGCAGGGAUCCCCGACGGCCCAUCUGCUGGCUUUGGCGCCGGGGUUCACCAUGUGCAUCGCGGCGCUUCUUGUGCCCCGGUCCAAGUGACCCAGGAGAUCGUUGAAACGACGACGGUCACGGCCCCUGGCACUACCAAUCUCGUGGUGGUCACGUCUACCGCGGAAGUUGUCGAAGUCCCAUCUAUCACUGAGGCUCCUGUGCAGCCUUCGUUGCCCGAGAGUAUUCUUGCCCCGUCGUCGACGCUAGAGGUCGUGGACACGUCUUCUUCGGAGAUCACUUCGUCUAUCAAGACAACUGCUAUUCCAGUCGUCUCAGCGGGAGCAGGUGCUCAGGCAAACCCGACCGAAGCCUCGGCCUCCAAGAUCAACAUCAACGUCCCAGUAACAUUCAUCAAACCCCCCACCGAUCUCACGACUGCGUCCCUGGCCACCGCCAUCGCCAUCGCGAUCCCAAUCCCAUUGUAUACGCCCACUGCGCAGGUGCCGAUGCACUCUACCCCCUUGGUUCAAUAUAUGGCGCCGACUGGCACUUCCAAGUCGCAGACCUACUUCAACGCUGCGGCGGGCUCUUGCAGACCCCACGCUCUCUUGCGGGGUGGCCGUCUCGCGCUAAUCCUGGGCGUCGUAUAUCCGUUCCUGUGA